AUGUCUUCGAGUGACGACUCUCUAGAUAUCGUAGCGUCUUCUCCGGAAGCGCCAAGUUCUAAUGAUACCACGCCACGGAACGAGUCCUAUGUCCUCGUUACCCCGCCUCCUAACGACACACAACAAGAUACUAACUCGAACGUAAUUGAAGCCGAUAAUUCAAAUAGUCAACUAACGCAGUCGGACGAGUCACAAGAACUCGAACAAGCCAAAACCGAAGACCCAGUAAUUGUAGACGUGAGCAGUGCCUCUGAUAGUUCCAGCGAAGGUGGCUCUUCGUCCACAGACAGAAAGGACGAUUCUUUCGUGCACCUAUCUGACGAUUCUGAAUCUCAUGGGUUGGCCGCAGUCGGCUAUAAUAUUAGAAUUGGUGCCAAUAAGGCGUCAGACGUGGAACGUGAUAAAAGAUUGGCCGACGUUCAAAAAUCUAUGCGUGAUUUUCUCUCACACGCCAUGGCUGACGACGAAGAUGACACGCAACAAUCUGAAACAGAUCUGUCUUCACCGCGUUCAGCAGAAUUUCAUAAAGAUGACACGCAACAAUCGCCAAAAGAUCUUGCUUCACCACCUUUAGCUGAAUUUCAUCAAGAUGACACGCCGCAUUCGCCAAAAGAUCCUCCUUCACCACGCUUAGCAAUAUACCGUGAGGACAAUGACCAUCAACAAGAAACGGCAAAUUCGUCGGAACGUUCUUCGGUUGAUUUUACUGGAAAGGAAGCAGAUCAGUCCUCUUCUGGUUCACAAGAAACGGAUACAUUCUUGGUCUCCAAGCACAAGUUAUCCGAUUCUAAUGAUUCUACGCUGCGCGAAAAUGCAAGCGACGCAAACAAUCGCGUGUCUGUUCCUAGUGGUUCGAAUACACAACAUGAACUGAAUUUGCAUAAACAGCGAUUCGAUGGAUCCCAGAUAACUGAAGAAGACGAGGGAAAGCGGUUAAUUGAAAAAGAAGCAGCGAAGAAAUUUGUCCAAAAGGAUGCUAAAUCGAUUGAACGCGGAGCGACGGCGUAUUCUGGCGAAGAGGAUACGGGACACAUUGAACAAACACCGGAGGAAACUACUGACGAGAAGAAAACAGACGAAAGUGAACAGAGAUCAAUAGAAACUUCUAACCAAGGGACAGCUAAAAUGGAAAUGGAGCAAAUUGCACGUGGAACGGAGGGACAGUUUAUAGAGGAAAUUGUACGGGAAGCGCAAGAACAGGCGAGGCGAGGUGAACGGGGAGCGGGGAAGGCAAGCCAAGGGGAUUCUCAUGGCUACGAUGUAGACACAGAACGUAAUCAGAUACGAGGAGCAGGAGCGAAUGAGCAAGCGAACCAAGUGGUAUGGGGAAUGGCGAGACAGAGAGAUUCUCAUGGCUAUGAUCCAGACACAGAAAACAACGCCAUAUCACGUGACAAUGACGAAAACCGAGGAAAUGGGUCGAAACAUGCACGGAAAUCUUCAAAAGAUGGUCAAGAAGAUACUUAUAACGAUGAUAUAUACACAGAGGAGAAGACGAAUGACGAAAAAAGAGCGAGCAAGCAAAAGAUUCGGAAAGUUUCUACGGGUGCUUCGAAAGGCGAACCUAAUAUCAAGGAUGAUACUAAAGGCAAAGAUCGCGAAACAGAUUCCGAUUUUAAUCCAAUGCGAGGUCCUACGGGAGUAAGUCAACCUGUUCAAUCUUACGCAGCGGUAGCAGGUAGAAACAGGAAACCCACCGAAACGGGAAUGGCGAGUGAGAAUUACGGAAAGAAAGAUUCCAGGAAACGGCCUCGACUCCCGCCUCAAUAUCAGGAUUCUGAUGAAGUCGUUACUACAUUUCACGUGCAUAUGCCUAAGGUGAAGGACGUCGACGUCGUCUGUGUUCUCGGUAAUAUUGAUGAAUUGGGCAAUUGGGAUGACGCAAAAGUCCUCCUUAGGAGAUAUAAAAAUUCGAAUUAUUGGUUUUCGGACCCAGUGAGAAUUCCGACGUAUCGAUUUGUACACAACAUUUUGUAUAAAUAUGCCAUAGUUUCCAAAGGCGGAGGUUUGCUGAAAUUCUGGAGUAAUAGUGCUUCUUCUACUUUCGAAGGCUAUGACGACAGAGAUAAUCGCGAACUUGAUCCCGAAGAAAACCAAUAUGACAUCUGGAAGCGGAAUUAUAAAUACCCUCUUUACGAACGUGAUAUUUCUGAGUCGUUUUGCUUCCCUGCGCAAAUAUUCGAAACGAUCACCGAAGUUAACUUCAAGGCCAAGCUUAUGGACUACCUACGGGUGUUCAAGAAAUACAGAAAUUUGUGUCAGAAAACUGUGGAUGUCGAAUUUAUCAGCAACUACGCUUACGACGCAAGACAAGAUGCACAACGUGUUUUCUUAUGUAUACUGCUUGGUUUGCUUGCGAAAAACUCCCAUUAUGGUUCCGAAGUUAGACUCAAGGAUACAUUUCCAUCGGCCGACUUGUUGAAUUCUCUUAGUUUUAUAGAUGGUGACGACACACUUACUAAGGAUGCUAUGGAUCUGCUACCCUACGCUGUUCGCGUGUUAGUCCGGCAUAACUGGUACACUUCAGCUUCUUUUGAGUGGAUGGGAAUGUUUGAAGUAGCAACGUUUAUCGAUCCGAAAUAUUCGUUCUUGGAGUCAGUUAAACUACGUGAACUAAACCCAGAUGAGUCGGAUCGUUUCUGCAGAUGUCUUGUUGAGCAGAAAUUUAAUAUAGAAAGGGAGAAAGAUAUCCAAUAUAUUCGAAUAUUUAGAUCUUUUAUUGAAACCGCCGCCAAUAUUCGAAUUUUAGUAUUUCUAUGGAAGGAGAUGAUUAGACCAGACAUGAAGGCUAGUGAGCAGCCAUUAAGAAUGAGUUGGAUAACACGUCUGAACGAAAUAAUUAAGAUGGAUAAUGCAACAAGGUUGCGUGUGCAUUUGUACGAAUUGCCAGACGAUCUAGAUAUUGAAUUCCAGUCAUUGUUCAUUAAACAUAUUAUAAAUUUACUCAAUGGACAAAGAUCAAAAUGGGAUAGAGACAAUGUUAAGGAAUUUGUUGCGUUGUUCGAGGAUGACAGACUAUUAUGGACGUCAGAAGACAGAAUGAAAGUGUUGAAUUCGGUAUCUACUUCACAAAACAUGGAAAUAUUGGAUGUGUUCGUGGACCUACUUCGGAUAGUUCUGAACAAAAUUCAUUUCGAUGCAAAAAUGAAUACAAGACUCGGUGAAUAUUGCACACAGUGGUUCGAACGGGUAAUAAGUCAAAUAAAGGAAUUACGUAAACGCUCUCGUACCAAUGGGUAUAAUUAUGUAUAUACGGUAUAUAAACGACUUUCCACCAUUUAUCCAGUACUCGAAGAUCGACGGACGAUUAAAAACGAACUAUUAAAUAUUGCUGACGAGCAGAUCGCUCCAUUUGAAGAAGCUCAAAUUUAUGCUGCAGUUAAAGAUAUAGGAGACUUGCAAGUGAAGGAGAUUUUGAAAUCUUUCAACGCAAUUGUACAAAGAAAGCUUGGGCAAUCUUCGUGGAAGGCUGAUGAACGUUUACUAAAGAAAAUUAGACAGAUCUGCGAUUGUGACGGCAAACAAAUUCGAGUCCCUAAUGGUUUCUGUGAAGAUAUUCUGUUCCAUAUUUUGACCAAGUUGCAAGAAAGCGCUUCUUAUCAAGAAGCCGACGAAAUCAGCGACAAAUUUCACCAGAGCUUGUUAGGUUCUUGGAAAUUUUGGGUGAGCGUGUUGACUGCCACGGGUUGUGUAAACCGUAUUAAACAACAACAUCUCUAUUGUGAGAGAGUUAGAAGAGCUAUUGAAGACUUGGCGGAGAAGCUAGAACGUCAACGCGUUACAAUUAGCAUGCUUCAACAACUUCUUCUUUAUCCGGACCAAGAUCUCUGCGAAUAUUUUGGCAUUCUGGACCAUUUCGAUGAUGGCCAACAGUCCUUUUCCAUUGAACCGCGGACUAUUCGACACUUCCGGGAAGUAUUUUCUGGCUUCCAAAAGACGUUAAAUCAACUCAGUACAUUUUACGAGAAAUUUUGUCAGCGAGAUGCCAGAGUAACUAAUGCUGAAGAUUACCUCAAUGAUAUUGCUAAAAGAAGGGAUUCGCUUGGCAAGAUUCAAUACAAAGAUAUUUUGUUAGAGGAAUAUUGGGCCAUUCAUCAAUCAAUAACUGACGUUGCAGAACGCAUAUAUCCGUAUCGUAAUUCGAGAACCUUUGCCAACGUCUUUGAGGAAUGUUUGAAGGAAGAGGAAGAAUCGGAACCUUUGACAGUAGAAAUAGUAGCUCAGAAAGUUACCGAGGCAGCAUUCAAAAAGUAUAAUGAAAAAAGAGCUGCUUAUAAAGACUGGGAAAAGUUAACGUGCGCUCAAGCAAGUCCAUUGUGGGCAAACGUGAAAGAUGUCAGACAGGAACUGGAAUUAAUGUCAAAGGGCAUGAAAUGGAAGCCUUCACAGGAUUUGAUGAAAUCGAUUAAAGUACUGGCUGAAAUACCCGAAUGGAAAGAGCGAUUACGAUACCUAAUAGAUGUAUUGGAUAUUUUUGCAGUCGUUGAUGACGGAGAAGAAACAUUUUCGACGAUGCUGGCUGGCUUAGAAAAAGAAACAAUGCCGUUAAAAGAUUUAAAGAAACUGAUCUUAAAACUGGAAAAGGCAAUCAGAGCUCUUAAUGAUGAUUGCUGGAAAAUAAUCAAAGAAAUAGCUGCCGCUCGCGAUUUAUUGAUUUGGCUUGACAAAAUUGGAUCGGAUGAUUUAAAGAACGUAAUUAAUGGAGUUGAUGACCACUCUGACGAACGUUUGAUCCAGGAGGAUACGGUUUCUUCUCUUAUGGAAAUCAAACAGUUUUUGGCUCCACUCAAAUCGGUUGAUGGACAAUCUCGAGUUCUGGGAUUUUUAGAAAAGCUCCGCGAAUUGACUGACAAGAACAAAGUACUCGCGGAGAGAAUUUCUCUUUGUAAUGGUCAUCGUUCUGCACUAAUGAAUAUGUAUGAAAAUAUUACAAAUAGAGGCGAAGUUACGAAGGAGCGUAUAAAAAAUGCUGCGACAAAGGGAGUUUACGUAUUUAAACGCGAUAAGGAUGAAGAUCGGUGCUCUGUUGAGAUGUCUUACGAAACAGAGAAGAAGGGUAGUAACAAAUACGACUUGACUGAGUUACAAGAUUUGCGAGGUCGGGCUUUGCUCAUCGCCAAGCAGGAAAUGGCAACUUCCGCUGUGAAGGACAUUCGAGAUCGUUCCGAGUCCGAAGAGGAUCGAGCAGAUGUUGUGAUGAUGGAGUUUGUUAAUCAAGUAGACUUGGUGCAUCAGAUUAUUAACUUUGCAACAAAGUUAAUGGAAUUGGGACAUUUCUUUUAUCGAAAGUUUCAGGCUGUGACACGUACCUCUAAAGAGAUGUCAGCUAUACUUGGUCAAUUGCAAGAUGACUUAAAAACGGAGGAGAUUGUGGAAGAUGCGCAAGAGGAUUACUAUUACCUGACUUUUUACCCUGGAAGACAUAUCUUGAAGUUUUAUGACUAUUUCGUUCAAGAUGCGCCAGCGAACAACGAACUCAGACAAAUUUGCGAAACGCUGAUACAUUUUGUGAAUCCUGAUGCUCAGCUGCCAUUACCUGGUGAGAUUGUGAAGGUGGAUCCAGACAAAGGAAACUACAAGGAAGUACUGUGUGAUAUUGGAAAAAGACUUUCCGCAAUCUUUGAGGAUGAGGCUGUUACUGAAAGAAAGAUUAAGCCUGAUAUCGUAGAAUCAGUCGUUUCUGACAUUGUACGAACUGGAGAGCUGUUUGUAGCAGCAUGUAAUGACAAGUUUCGG